AUGUCUUUAUUUGAUAAUACCGAGUCGAUAAGAAGCACGCCAAAUUCUACGCCUGGAGAUGAAAAGUUAGAAUUUAUUUCAAUUUGCGAAUCUAGUAAAAUAAAUCAUGAGAAUUUUCUGGAGGACGAUGAGUCCACGACGACUCUGACAAUAAGACACCAAAAACGUCGUGGCAGAAAACCAAAAUAUCCGGAUCCUACCCCCGGAUAUCGUUCUAGCUAUAGUGUCAAUAGGAGUUUUACCCAGACGGAAGUCAUGCUUUUAAAGAAUAUUUUAAAAGAAUCUGGUGAACCUCCCGCGGAUUUAUUCGCUACACGCGUUUGGCCGCCUUCUACGGAGUCAAAUGACCAGCAACAUAAUAGUCACAAUCAUCAUCGAUACCAUGAUAAUGAACACGACGAACAUGAUAUGGAGAUAAAAAUUAUGGAUCAAGUAAAUGAUGCCACAAUGGUUUUCCCAGUUAACGAAGAAAAUCCAAAAAAUCAAGAACUUUUAUCGAAUGCACGACGAAAGAGAUCUCGUAACGUUACCUCUCCAUAUCAAUCAAGAGUCUUACGUAAAGUAUUGGCUGUUACUUCAUUUCCUUCAACUGAAAUGCGUGAAGCGCUCGCAAGUUCUUUAAAUAUGCAUCCGCGGACAGUUCAAAUUUGGUUUCAAAAUCAGCGUCAAAAGGCCAAGAAUAAUCUUCAAACACCAACCGUAAAUACAAAUACGAAUGCAAAUACAUCAAAAACUACCACUUCGUCGAUGAAUUCUGAAGGAGAAGAAAUAACUCCAAUUGAUGACUAUAGCCCUGAAAUGAUGCCGAUGCCAACGACUGACAUGAAUGCAAUUUACUUUCCUAACACUAAUUUAACGUUUCAAAACAACAAUGUUGCUGCUCACGAAGCAACCAAUUCUCAAGCAAUUCUCACCCCUCCUAUCUCAGAAGAUUCUCGGCAACCCUUUAUCAGUAACGGCAACAAUAACGAUAUUCGCGAGGAUAGCAACAACCAUAAUUGCAGUAUAUCAAAAAAUGAUACGCCAAGUCCACAUGCACACCCACAAUUAACUGCCCAAAGUUUCUUGCCUGACGCCACAACAACUUAUGUGAGCACUGCACAAUUUGCUAAUCCAUAUAUUUUACCAAUCUUUUCUCCCAACACCCCAUUACCAUCACCACCAACACAAACAUAUAUACAAGAUACAUUUCAUCAUCCUCAAUAUUUCCGUCCAUCUUCAUCAUCAUCCUCUAAUACAACAUCAACCUUCAAAUUUCAAAAUUAUCCCACCCAUCAAAUAAGUUCGCAACAGCAUCAAGACGAGGUUCAACAACAUCAAUCUCACAACCUUUAUGAUUAUAAUGAUCCAAACGUGGCAAAUCCCACAUUAGAUAUAUUGGCGGCGGCGGCGACGGCUGCAUUGCAAGCUGAUAUUUCAUCUCAUCAUCCUAUUCACCAUCAAAUACAGUCUAUACAUGCCAAUACAAAUGAACGAAUUUUCGAUUCUUACGACUAUUAA